AUGUGUGUUUGGUGUGUUUGGAUGAGUGAACACACUGUCAACAGGUCCUCUUUCUUCGCGUCGGCGGCUGCGACGAUUGGCCAGGUGAUGCUUCUGGACUACGGCCUGGGCGCCAAUUGGGGGAACCUCACAAUCAGGCUCCAUGCGCUGAACCGAUACCUCAGCCAGAUGCUGCCUGCACAGCAGUGUGACUGGGUUGUCUUCGUGGACUGCUAUGACAGUGUCAUCAUCGGCAAGGAGGCAGACAUUUGUGUGCGGCUGGAGCAGCUUGGUUGCCUGCACCAUGGUGCCUGCUUCACCGGUGGCCCAGCGGCCUGGCCCCUCGGAAGCCUCUGA